AUGGCGACAGGUCAAAUUUGCGAUUCCUACGGGUACAAGUUCAAGGUGACGGAGGAUCAUCUCACUGCUGAAGAAUUACAUCCUCUGUUGCAGAGAUACGACACUGUCGGCUCAGAUGCCCUCGACGCCUUGGAUGCAUUCUUUCCACCACCUCCGCCAAGGGCUGGUUGGUAUGCAAAGACCAAGGAACAAGACCCGCAGACUGACCGUGACACAUAUGCCUUGUUGAGGGACAACAGGCAUAGAGACGAGCGGCUGCAAGAGCUCUGGGAUGAGGUCAACACCAUCCCAGACUGGGUUGACUGGGAGCAGAUUGAGCGCGGCCAAGAGGUCUUCUAUCGCUAUGCGCCCGCGGUGAUUGCUGGGUUUGCAUUUCAGGGGCUCCUGGCCACCACGGGCAGUGCUUUUCGUCCAGCAGAGACGCUGGUGCGCACCGGCGGGCAUUCCAUCAAAGUAGCAAAGAAUCGUCUCUUUGAGACAUUUCAGCUCAUGCUUCAAGUCACGAGAUCGCUCGACGGCGUCAAACCCGGUGGUGAAGGGUUUGCUUCCAUUGUCCGGGUCCGUCUUUUGCACGCUUCGGUCCGCAACCGCAUCCUCAAGCUCAACAAGCAGCGCCCUGGCUACUUUGACGUGGCCAAGUUUGGCGUGCCCAUCAAUGAGCUUGAUUCGAUGCAGUCCGUCUGUGCCUUUUCCACCAACCUAGUGUGGCUCUCCAUGCCGCGCCAGGGCAUCUACGUUCGCGAACAAGAGGCCCUCGACUACCUGGCCCUGUGGCGAUGGGUCACUCACGUCAUUGGAGCCCCGUCCUACGUCCUGGACAGUCCCCAGAGGGCUCUGGCGACGAUGGAGUCCAUCAUGUAUGAUUGCCUCAAGCCGACGGCCAACUCGCGCGCGCUCGCCCAGAACCUGGUCAAGGCUCUGGACCGGGUUGCGCCCAUCUACGUCCCGAAAGAGUUCUUUGAGGCUGGGACUAGAUAUGUCAAUGGCGAUGCGCUCUGUGACGAUGUGGGCAUUGGCAAGCCUGGAUUCUACUGGAUGGCAGUGAUUCGUGGGCAGGCCUGGUUGCUGAUGGCUGCCACCUACAUUGGACGAUCUAUCCCAGCCUGGGACAGGUGGCAAAUAGAGUUUUUUCGAAAUCUAUUCUGGGAAUACAUAGUUGAGAGCAAGGAUGGUUUGAAGGGUGGUUACAAGUACGAGUUCAAAUACGUCCCCCAACUCGGAGAACAGACUGGAGCCGAGUCGACCACUGGUAAUCCACCUGCAAAGCAAGGAAGGGCAGCGCUUGAGACUAUAGGGCUUGGGAGCUUCGUGCUUUUCAUGCUUGUAGCAACAGUGGGCUCCAGCAUUGUGUUCCGGAUGCUGUUGGGUGCACUACAGAGUAACCCUCUAAUUGCAGUCAGCAUUGUGAAGCGCUGA